AAUUCAUUUCGCUAUUGUUGCUAUAUUUAGAUAAAUUACAGAAGAAGUAAUUUAUUGUAAGGUACUAUUUUCGACACAAUUUAGUCCGAAAAAGUUUAAACAUGAUUCCAGUAGUUUUUUAAGACGUUCUCAUUGUAUCACAAUUCAAGUUAUAGUUGAAGAAAAUAAUACAGAAGUUUUAGGUGAAAGAUAAAAUGGAAAACGGAGCAAUUUCCAAGCUUGGUGUACUCGAUGUCGGUCGUGCUAUGCAACGUUUCGGAAUUGUCGAUUACGUCAUAUUUCUAUUGAUGCUCAGUAUGUGUUUGAUAGUUGGAUUAUCAUUUGGGAUAUUUGGUAAAAAUCAAAAUUCUCAAGAUUAUCUAGUCGGUGGUAGAAAUAUGAAAAUACUUCCUAUUGCUAUGUCGUUAAUAGCUACGUGGGUUAGUGGUAUAUCAUUACUUGGAAUUCCCACAGAAAUAUACGUAUAUGGGAUACAAUAUACAUACAUUAUAAUUGGAUUUCUUCUAACAACUUUGGUAUUUGGAACUGUGUAUUUACCAGUUUUUCAACAACUCCAACUCACGUCAACGUACGAGUAUCAUCAAAUGCGAUUCGAUAAAAAUGUCAGAUUAUUCGGAUCAGUCCUUUUCGCCAUUGGAAUGGUUGCUUGGUUACCUUUAGUCAUAUAUGUACCAGCUUUAGCAUUUAAUCAAGUGACAGGUGUAAAUGUACAUCUGACAACACCGGCUGUUUGUAUCAUAUGCGUCAUAUAUACUUCCAUGGGAGGACUUAAGGGUGUCGUUUGGACAGAUGUUAUACAAAUUUUUAUAAUGUUCGGUGCCAUACUUCUAGUAGUUAUAAAAGGCACAAUCGACGUCGGUGGUAUUGGAAACGUCUUUCGAAGAAAUUGGGAAAGUGACAGAAUAGAAGGACCAAAUUUUGACCCAGAUCCUAUGGCUAGACACACCAUAUGGGCACUAGUGAUUGGAGGUGGGGCGUAUACUUUACAAAGCGCAGGCGUGAAUCAAAAUAUGGUGCAGAGAUAUUUGGCUUUACCUUCGUUACGAGAAAGUAAAAAAGCAUUAUGGGUGUUCUUUUUUGGAUUAACAGCGAUUGUUUUACUAUGUUCUUAUUGUGGCAUGCUUAUUUAUGCAACAUAUUACAAAUGCGAUCCUCUAACAACGAAGCUAGCCAGAGAGAAAGAUCAAUUACUGCCUUUACUCGUGAUGGAAAUUUUGGGGGACAUCCCCGGUCUUCCAGGCCUUUUCGUAGCCGGUAUAUUCAGCGCAGCCUUAAGUUCUCUAUCGACUGGUCUCAAUGCUAUGGCUGCUGUCGUCUUGGAAGAUUUCUAUAAACCGUUUUUUAAAAAGGAACUUUCAGAAAAACAAACUUACUUUCUCAUGAAAACAACAGUUCUAGUUAUAGGUACCAUGUGUGUUGGGUUGGUAUUUGUGGUAGAAAAAUUAGGGGCUGUAUUACAAUUAGCUAUGAGUAUUGGUGCUAUAUCUAACGGACCUUCUUUAGGAUUAUUCACGAUGGGAGUUUUAUUCCCAUGGAUAAACGCCAAGGGUGCGUUGAUCGGAGGUGUAUCGUCUCUGAUAUUCAUGUCUUGGUUAUGUAUAAGUGCCCAAAGUUUGAUAUCAUCAGGAGAUUUGACGUUUCCAGAAAAAUCCGUUUCUACUGACGGUUGCCAUUACAAUUUUAUUCCAAAAUAUUUGAGCAAAUCGAUGAUAAACAUAACAGAAGUAACACAUACAGACGAAAAAUAUAUGAUCCUCAGAUUAUCUUAUUUAUGGUAUUGCCUUAUUGGAAGUAUUUUUGCUAUAUUUAUAGCGGCAAUAGUAAGUUACAUUACUACACCUUUGAAUCCAGAAGACGUAGAUGCCAAAUUGUUGGCACCGUUCGUACGAAAGAUAAUACAAUACAGAAAAAACAGAAGAUUGGAUAAAAAUAGGAACCGUCAACGAUCUGGACAGCAUAAUAAUGGCGAUGUCCACUUGCACCCCAUGGAAGAAACAAACAUGUACGCCCUAGAUGAUUGUAAAAUACGAAAUUAAUGAUUUAUUGUUAAAAAAUUGAUUAAAUAAAUAAAGAUGUUUGGUUCAAAUAUACUUAA